GACCGAGACUUGGCCAGGUGUGCACCUCUCGCGCCCGCCGACAGCAGUGCGCCGCAAGUGGACUUGUGUGAGUGUUGCGAGUGGAGUGAGCGACAGCUCGGACGGACGGGACGCGUGCGGACGGACCGAGUGGCUCGAGAGUGACGUGCGAACGCGUGCGGGGGCGAAACACCCGCGCCACUAAAUUGAACAACAACAACAUCAGUGCGCACCUGUUGCAGCCGCAGGAGAUUUCGACGCGCGAGCAAAAGGAUUUUCCAAUCAACAGAUCUCUGGUCAGCCAUAUUGAAUACCUGUAAAGGUAAGCGCUGCUCACCUACCGCUGGCUGGCUGGCAUCUUCAAGAGGAGCAGCCGAGAGAGAGAGAGAGCCCGGCCGGCGACCAAAACAAUCCAACGAGGAAAAUUGAAAUAAAUUAAAACUGGGAAUUUUUUCCAGAGUGAAGAAAAAAUAAUAUUAAUAAAAAAAUCAGUGCAAUAAAAAGUGAAUGGCCGGCAGGGGCGAAUCGGCGCCGGCAUGUGGAGGCACUGAUUGAAUGGGCACCGCCAUGCUUCGCAGGUGGCUGGCCUUUUUGCUGCUGCUGGCGGCGGCCACCGCCGGACAGCCGGGGCCAGGCCCGGGAAGAAAACGUUCGCCCAUGACCCAGGUGUCCGCCCUUGACGUGCAGCAGAUGCAGUCGCGCGCCGUGGACACGCGCGUCCAGCUCGAGAUCCAGGAAGGCGAGCCGCGCGGCGCCGUCGUCGGCGCCAUCCCAAUCAAGCCGGGCUUCACCUACCGUUUUAAUGAGAACCCGCGCGAGUUUUAUUUGAACGCCAGCACCGGCGAAAUCGUGACCAACGUGGUGCUGGACAGGGAGGCGCUGCGAUCUGACCGCUUCGACUUGGUCGUCCUGUCCAGUCAGCCGACCUACCCCAUCGAGGUGCGGAUACUGGUGCUCGAUGUGAACGACAACGCGCCCGAGUUUCCCGAGCCCAGCAUCCACGUGACCUUCUCGGAGAGCGCGAGUCCGGGCACCAGACUGCUGCUGGACACUGCCAGCGACCGAGACGCGGGCAUCAACGGCGUCUCCAACGAGUACAAGCUGGUGUCGGACGACGAGGAAGUUGACAACAAAUUCAAGCUGGUGGUGACUUCGAAUCCGAGUGGUGAGACUUCUUACCUGCACCUCGAGACCACCGGCAAGCUGGACAGGGAGACGCGAGCCUCCUACCAGUUGAAUGUGUCCGCGAGGGACGGCGGGACACCGCCUAGGUAUGGCUACCUGCAGGUGAAUGUGACCAUUGUUGAUGUGAAUGACAACCCGCCGAUUUUCGACCACAGCGACUACAUAGUGUCACUGAAUGAAAGUGUCCCGCCCGGGACAGCUGUGCUGCAGGUCAUGGCCACGGACAGUGACGUUGGCGAUAACGCCAGGAUCACCUACUACCUGGCUGACGGCGAAAACCAGUUUGCCGUCGACCCAGAGACUGGCGUAAUUUCAACCACGGAAACACUCAACUGUCCGCAAAACUGUCCGCCUCAGGCCACCGUUUCAACCAGCAGCGGGUGCCAGAAAAGCUGCGUGUUCACCGUGUUUGCCAGAGACCACGGUUCGCCUCGGCAGGAUGGGCGGACUUACGUGACGGUGAACCUGCUGGACACAAACGACCACGACCCAAUCAUCAAGUUCCGCUACUUCCCGCCCACUGCCAGUUUCGCCACCGUUGAUGAAAACGCCAAGAAUGGGUCUGUGGUGGCCGCAGUGUCUGUGAUUGACCUUGACGAGGGCCUCAACGGCAAAACCACUGUCGAGAUCCGCGCCGGCAACGAACUCGGACACUUCCGCCUUGUGAACACUGCCAGCUUUGACAUCGUCCGAGUCAACGGAGUGCUGGACAGAGAGCAAUUAAACAAGUACAACCUGACUCUGGUGGCGACGGACAGCGGGACGCCGCAGAGAAGUGCCAUUGCUUUUCUUAUAAUUUACGUGAAUGACAUCAAUGAUCACGAGCCGGUGUUUGCAAAGACUGAAUACUCGGCGGUGCUGAGUGAGUUGGCGCCGGUGGGCACCUUCGUGGCCAGCAUCAUCGCGUCUGACGAGGACACGGGCGUCAACUCGAACAUCUUUUACGCUUUUGUGGCUGGAAAUGAGCACCGUUGGUUUGACAUUGACUCGGAUUCGGGGCUGGUGACCACUCGGGCGGCGCUGGACAGAGAAGUUCAAGGCACUGUUGAGUUGAAAGUUUCUGCUCGAGACGGCGGCCCCAACCCCAAAUGGGCCUACACGAGACUGCGAGUGACCAUCCUGGAUGAGAACGACAAACGCCCGCAGUUCAGCGUGGACAAACUGAACGCCAGCCUGUCCGAGAGUGCGCCUCCGCAGACUUUGAUCGCCAUGCUGAGCGCCACUGACCAAGAUCAGGGCACCAACGGCAGUGUCAGCUACAGUUUGCACUCGGAUGUGCAGCAGGAAUAUCCGGGUGUCUUUUCUUUAGACUCCACCACCGGCCAGUUGACCACCAGGACGAAGCUGGACAGAGAGAAAAUUGCCAAGUAUGAAAUUGCAGUUGUGGCCAAGGACAAGGGCGUGCCGCCACAGUCUUCAACGGCAACUGUUUUCCUCUCAGUUGACGAUGUGAACGACAACAGCCCUGAAUUCUACCCUCAGCGGUACUUUGUGCCCGUUUCUGAAGACACCAAGGGCGGCUCUUCCAUUCUGAGCGUGACUGCUACUGACCAAGACGAGGGAGAAAACGCGCAGAUCGAGUUCAGCAUCGUGGAUGGCGGCGACGGCCUCUUCAAACUGGACCGCGCCACCGGCAUUUUGUCGCUGAUGGCGCCUCUUUCUACUUCACACAAACCUCUGCACCGGCUGAGAAUAUCCGCCAAAGACAAGGGAGACAGAAAAGCAGUGGACGACGCCAUAGUUGAAAUCAUCAAGGCAUCCCACUUGGAAGAACUGAAAUUCGAAUCGCCCGUUGGUUACCACUUUGAAAUUCGCGAAGACCACGACAAGAAGGAGGCAUCUGUUGGCCGCGAGGUUGGCCGCGUUCGAGUUGCCAGCACCUCCAGAGAUAUAAAAUACCACAUAGUUUUUGGUGACCCAAAGAAGGCCUUCCAGAUUGACGAGAGAACCGGAUUAAUCACCUCGGCAAGCAGAAUCGAUCGCGAAACGGCCGCCUCGUACCGCCUCACGUGCGUGGCGCGAGCGGGCCCUGCUCUCAUGGGCCGCACGGAGGUCAACGUCACCAUCCUGGAUGAAAAUGAUAACGCGCCACAAUUCUCGCGGGACAGAGAGGAGGUGAAACUCCGAGAAAACGCUCCUGCCGGACACGAAGUGUACCUCGCGAGGGCGGUGGACAGAGAUGCUGGUUCCAACAGCAGGGUCAGUUACAGCCUCAACACCAACCCUGGGGAGCAGUUCCGCAUUGCCGAAGCCACCGGAGUCAUUUACCUCAACAAACCGAUGACCGCUGAGCCUGGCACCACCAUCACCCUUGAAAUCACCGCCAGCGACUCUGGAGAACCUUCUCUAACCUCAAGGCACACUCUGCUGAUCACUAUCGAGGACGUGAAUGACCACACGCCCGUCUUUGACCACACCUCUUACGAAACCUCAAUCUUGGAGUCGGCGCCGGUGAAUGACCGCUUUUUUGCUUUGGCGGCCUCAGACGCAGACCUCGGAGCAAACGGCAGAGUGAAUUAUGAAAUCACAGAAGGCAACAGUGAGAAUAAAUUUGGCGUCUUCCCAGAUGGCUACUUGUACGUGAAGAGUCCCUUGGAUAGAGAGAAUCGAGACUACUACUCACUGGUGGUGACUGCCAGAGACGAGGGUGAGCCGCCGAGGAGCUCUCAAGUUCCAGUGGUAAUUCAUGUAAUUGAUGAAAACGAUAAUAAGCCCGAGUUCACCAACGGCACCUUCAAUUUCUUCGUGCGAGAAAAUCAGCCACCGGACACGUUUGUUGGAAAACUGACCGCUACUGACCUGGACAUUGGCCGCAACGCCGAGCUGACCUUUUCUUUGCUUGGUGCUCAGCAGGCUGAUUUUGUUGUAGACCCAAAGAAUGGCUUUUUGAAAACACUGCGGCAGUUUGAUCGAGAGGAGCUGGUCAAGGUCACAGGGCAGAGUCACGUCGUUCUGGAGGCCGUGGUCACCGACAACGGAGUGACCAAGCUGAAGGACAAGGUCAAGGUUAAUGUUUACAUCACUGACGUGAAUGACAACGUGCCAAAAUUUUUGCGAACGCCGUACAAAGUGCAAAUUUCCGAGGCCUCUCCUGCCAACUCGCAGGUGCUGCGCGUUUACACUGUUGAUGCUGACGAAGGGCUGAAUGGUGACGUUUUCUACGCCAUCACCAGCGGCGACGACGAGCACCGAUUCGCAAUGGAUGAGGCCACGGGGCAGAUCACUCUUGCCAGAACCUUGGAUCGCGAAACUCAAGCACGCUACGACUUGCAGGUUUCAGCCUUUGAUGCCGGCGAGGGCGUCACCCUGACGGCAACGGCCACCGUGCGCGUCGACGUCCUGGAUGAGAACGACAACGCCCCGGAAUUUUCCCAAAGCGAAGCGCGAAUUGCCAUCUCCGAAACGACGCCAGUCAACACCAAACUGGUGCAAUUCCGGGCCACGGACGUCGACCUGGGCGUCAACAGCGAGGUAACCUUCUCGGUGGCGGCCGGCAACCGCAGAGACACCUUCCACGUGGAUCCGAGCAGCGGCGUGCUCUACCUGCACCGGCCGCUGGACUUUGAGGAAAUCAACGCGUACCACCUGAACAUCACGGCCUCGGACGGCGGCAACCCGCGCCUCUCCACCACCGUGCCCUUCAGCGUGCGCGUGCUCGACGCCAACGACAACCCUCCGGUGUUUCCGAGCACGGCCAUCGUUCGCCAAAUCCAGGAGGGCAUCCGCGUCAACACGCCCAUCGUGACGGUGACUGCCGAGGACCCUGACUCGGGGGCCAACGGCCAAGUUCGGUACGCCAUCGCCCAACAAGAACCCCCUGGCGGCCACUUCGGCAUCGACCCCACCGUCGGGGUCAUCCACACGCUGAGGCCCAUCGACCGAGAGGCCGUCGACACCUUCCGCCUGACGGUGGUGGCCACGGACGGUGCUCAGCCACCAGAGGCGCGCCUCUCUGCCGAAAAGUUGGUCACCGUGAUCGUGGAAGACGUCAACGACAAUGCCCCAGUUUUCGCCUCGAUGAGCGCCGCCCUGUUGCCCUUGAACCCUGCCAGAGACGCCCUGGUGACUCACGUGGUGGCCAAUGACCUCGACUCGAGCACCAACGGCCUCGUCACCUACGAACUGGUGUCCGGCAACACCGACCUUUUCCGGCUGCACCGCAAGACGGGCGCCCUCCACCUGAAGAGGUCAAUUUCCGAACCCGAGGCGCGCUACCAGUUGACGGUCAAGGCCACUGACGAGGCCGUGCAGUCAGACCGAAAGUCCACGGACGCCUACCUGACCAUCAUCACGUCCGGUGAGGAAGGCCCCGCGUUCUUGGGCGAGCCGUACACGGGCAGCGUGUACGAAAACGAGCCGAUCGGGACGAGCAUGCUGAGCGUGAAGGCGCGCCACGCGAGCAACGCCGAGCUUGAGUACUACGUGACGAACGUGACGAGUGUGAGUGGCCGACCCGCCGACAGACUGUUUGACGUCGACCCCAAGAUGGGCACCAUCGCCACCGCGGCCGUGCUGGACCGCGAGGGCGGCAGUGAUGUGUACGAAGUCACCGUGUUUGCCGUCGUCAUCGGCGCCGUCGCCCCUCAGACUGCUUCAACAAAGGUGAAAAUCAGCGUUUUGGACAAGAAUGACAGUCCGCCGGUGUUCAAGGACAUGCCGACCGCGCUGUCCGUGUCGGAGGAACUGGCCGUGGGUCAGACGGUGACCACGAUGCGGGCCGUCGACCCCGACACGCUGGGUCAGCUGACCUACUCGCUGGUGUCUGGCGACGAGACCAAGCGCUUCCAGUUGGACUCGGUGACCGGCGAGCUGCGCCUCCGAGAACCGCUCGACCGCGAGACCGCGGACACGUACAAGGUCAAGGUGCGCGCCAGCGACGGCCUCCAGUUCCAGGAAACCACCCUCACCAUCAAGGUGACUGACACGAACGACAACCCGCCGGUGUUCUCGGAAAGCGCGUACUCGUUUGACGUGCCGGAAAACACGGCCCGCGGGUCUCGCGUGGGCGAGGUGGCCGCGUCCGACCUGGACGAGGGCACCAACGGCCAGGUCACGUACACGGUCAUCUCUGACUGGGCCAACGACGUCUUCUCGCUCAACCCCCAGAGCGGCGUCUUCACCCUGACGUCGCGCCUCGACUACGAAGAGGUGCAGCACUACAUUUUCGUGGUGCAGGCGCAGGACACGGGCAGACCCAGUCUCUCCUCCACGGUCACCGUCUACUUCAACAUCGUCGACCUCAACGACAACGCGCCCCUCUUCGACCCCAUGAGCUACAGCAACGAAAUCUUUGAAAACGUCACCAUCGGCAGCAGAGUGGUCAAAGUCAGCGCCACCGACCUCGACUCUGGUGACAACGGCCGCUUGGAGUAUUCGAUUUCGUCGGGCGACGAGGACAAUGACUUUGCCAUCUCGGAAAACGGCACCAUCGUGACCGCGAGGGCGCUCGACAGGGAGCAGAGGGCGCUCUACAGCUUGGUGGUCACGGCCACCGACCAGGCGGCACCACCGCAGCAACGACUCUCCUCCACAGUACAGGUGACGAUCGUUUUGAAGGACGUGAAUGACAUGGCGCCCGAGUUUGUGUCUCCGAACGAGACUUCGGUGCCAGAGAAUUUGCCCGUCAACACCGUCGUCAUGGCCGUCAAGGCGACCGACAAGGACGAAGGACGCAACAGCUACGUCGAGUACUCGCUUUCAGGCGAGGGCGCCACCAGCGUCUUCACGCUCGGACCGGUCGAUGGCCUUCUCAGGGUGUCCGGACGCCUCGACAGGGAGACCAAGGCAAACUACACCCUGCAGGUCACGGCGAAAGACCGAGGCGAGCCGACUCGUUCGACGACGUCACCGUUGGUGCUGCUUGUGCUGGACGAGAACGACAACAGCCCCGUGUUUGACCCGAAGCAGUACAGCGCGUCCGUGGCCGAGAACGCGUCGAUCGGCGCCAGCGUCCUGCGCAUCUCCGCGACGGACGUCGACGCGGGCUUGAACGGGCGCGUGCGCUACGUGAUCGCGGCCGGCGACCGCAACCGCGACUUCAGCAUCAGCGAGGACACGGGCGUGAUCCGCGUGGCCAAGAACCUCAACUUUGAGCGCAAGAGCCAGUACUCGCUGACGGUGCAGGCCGAGGACUGCGGCAGCGCCGACGUGCGCUACGACUCGGCGCUGCUCACCAUCGGCGUCACCGACAUCAACGACAACCCGCCCACCUUCCUCGACUCGCCGUACCUCGCCUACGUCGUCGAGAACACCAAGGUGCUGCCCGCCUCCGUCAUCACGGUGCGCGCCUUCGACGCAGACACGCCCCCCUACAGCCAGGUGCGCUACUUCAUCAAGGAGGGCGACUCGGAACUCUUCAAGGUCAACGCGUCCACCGGCGAAAUCACGCUGCACCGCGCCCUCGACCGCGAGCGCCAGGCCGAGUACGUCCUCACCCUCGUCGCCAUGGACACCGGUACUCCUCCGCUGACUGGGACCGGAACGGUCAGGGUCAUCGUGCAGGACAUGAACGACCACAGCCCUGAGUUCGAGCGACAGUCGUACUCGGCCGAGGUGGUGGAAAAUUCGGCCGCCGGCACGCAGGUCUUGUGGCCGUCGGCCACCGACAAGGACGCCGGCCUCAACGCCCUCCUCAGGUUUUCGUUACUGGGUGAUUUAUCAGAGAGAUUCGUGGUCGACCCAGGCACCGGACGCAUCACCACCGCCGUCCAGCUGGACAGGGAAGACAAGAGCGUCUAUUACCUGACCCUGGUCGCCAGGGACUCUUCAGCCACCGAACCGAGGGCGGCCGCGGCCAAUGUGACCAUCAGGGUGAGAGACGAGAAUGACAAUUCGCCAAAGUUUGCGCAGCCAAAGUACUCCGUCCACGUUCAGGACACCACCGGUCCAGGCAACUUUGUGUUUGGUGCGAGGGCAAGUGACGAGGACGACGGCGCCAACAGCCGCAUCACCUACUCUCUGGCAGGCGAGGACGCCUCGCUUUUCGCGCUGGACGCCAACACAGGAGUCCUCACCGCCGCCAGGGAGCUGCGAGCGGCCGCCGCCAACAUCAACAAUGCCCUCUUCCGCCUGGAAAUCUUGGCCACUGACGGCGGCCAGCCGGCGAGUUCGGCCUCGACCAGUCUUGACGUGUACCUGGUCGCCGCCAACCUCUUCCCCAAAAUCACCUCGCAGAAAACUCAGUUCACCCUUUCGGAGGACGCCGAAGAGCAGGUCAUCACCAAGGUGCGCGCCAGUUCGCCCAAAAGCGGCGCCUCAGGCGUCAUCAGGUUCUCGAUUGCUGGUGGUGACGUUGGCAGCGCCCUCAGGAUGGACCCUGCCUCAGGUGAGGUCAUCGUGAGCCGAGGACUGGAUUACGAAACGGCGCCUCAGUACGAGGUGUGGGUGGAGGCGAGCGACUCGGACACGCCUCCUCUCAGGUCUGUGGUGCAGCUGCUGAUCAACCUGACCGACGCCAACGACAACGCCCCCGUCCUGGAGCACCAGGUGUACAACGCCACCAUCGGAGAGGAGGAAAUGGCGCCGCAAAAGGUGCUCAGGGUCAAGGCCAGUGACGCAGACUCCGGAGACAACGGAAAGGUCCUCUACAGGUUGAGGCCUGUGGGUGAUGUGGACAGGGCCUUCACCAUGGAUGCUGAAACCGGCGACAUCUUCACCAGCGUCAGGUUGGAUAGAGAGUCGGUGGCUUCGUACGCCCUCGUGGUGGAGGCUGUUGACAGGGGCCGCCCCCAGAUGACCGGAAGUGCCACCGUGCUUGUGCAGGUGUUGGACAAAAACGACAACCCGCCCAGGUUCACCCGCCUCUUCAGUGUGAACGUCACCGAAAACGCAGAGGUCGGCGCUUUCGUCAUUCAGGUGACCAGUUCAGACCUGGACGUAGGUGCGAAUGCCAACGCCACCUACAGCUUCACAGUCAACCCUGGCGAGAAGUUCAGAAUCGAUCCUUUGACUGGAAAUGUUACCGUUGCUGGACCCCUGGACAGAGAGACCCAAGACGAAUACUUGCUCAAGGUGGCCGCCGUAGAUGGUUCGUGGCGCGCAGAGACACCCCUGACCAUCACCAUCCAGGAUCAGAAUGACAACGCACCUGAGUUUGAGCACGACUACUACAACUUCAACUUCCCCGAGUUGCAGAGGAGUGUGGCCUUCGUUGGCCAGGUCUCUGCCACCGACCGAGACAAGCAAGGCCCCAAUUCGGUCAUCUCGUACUCGCUGAAGAGGCCUUCGGACUCUUUCACCGUCGACCCUGCCUCGGGAGAGAUCUUCUCCAAACGCACUGCUCGGUACAGACACGCCACUCCCUCGGCAACCAGGGCCAAAAUGGAACCCUCCCCUGAAAACCAACACCAACUGAUUGUGAUUGCCACUGACAACGGCAAACCACCCAUGUCCUCCGAGUGCCUGGUCACCAUCAACGUGGUUGACGCCAACAAUAACGCCCCCAAGUUCAGGUCAAAGGAAGUUUUCUCACCUGUACCUGAAGUCGCAUUAGUUGGCCAGAAAAUCGUUCAAGUGGAGGCAAAGGAUGAACUGGAUUUCGGAGUCAACGCGGAGGUUGAGUACGUGAAAAUGGGAGGCAACGGCUCUGAACAGUUCGAGCUUGACCCCACCACAGGAUGGGUGACCGUCGCCAAACCUUUGACAGGCCAUCGUCUGCGGCAGUACGCCCUGGAGAUCAGAGCCGUUGACCACGGAUCACCUCCGCAACACUCGGACGCUCGCCUGACCUUGGUCAUCACAGGCGACAACAGGCACAACCCUGUCUUCAGCACCCUGAGCUACCAGGUGAUAGUUCCUGAAAACGAGCAGACUGGCUUUUCAAUUUUGACCGUGAGCGCCACUGACAGUGACGACGGGCCCAACGGCCAAGUUCGCUACAACAUCAGUGCAGGAAACGAACAAGGAGACUUUGAAAUCAACCCUGUGUCAGGUGCGGUCACCAUCAAACGGCCCCUUGACUAUGACACCGUCCAGUUCUACCGACUCAACAUCACCGCAACUGAUAUGGCCUUCGAACCGCGCAGCGCCACGGCCCUGCUUACGGUGACCCUGAGUGAUGUAAACGACAAUGCGCCCCAGUUCAACCAGAGCGUCUACCACGCCUACGUCCGCGAAAACCUGCCAGUGGGAACUGCACUCUUCACCGCAAACGCCACAGACGCCGACUCGCCCAAGAACGCGAUCAUCCAGUACUCGAUUGUGGGCGGAAGUGGCCGGGAAGUUUUCACCAUCGAUUCUCGUUCAGGAAAAAUUUCCACAAAGGGCGUUUUUGAUUACGAAGAGCAGAAUGCGUACACCCUGGACAUCCUGGCUUCCAACCCUGACUCGCCCCAGUACGGCUCCUGCAAGGUUGAGGUUCACGUAACCGGUGAGAAUGAGUUCUUCCCCAAGUUUGUGCAGCCAGUUUUCCACUUCACGGUUUCCGAGUCUGCGGGAAUCGGCACCAGCAUCGGCGCCAUCCAGGCCACCGACCAAGAUGCGGGUCCUGAUGGAAACGUUUUCUACCUGCUGGUGGGAUCGAGCAACGACCGCGGCUUCAGCAUUGGCGCGGACACCGGCGUCCUCACCAUCUCCAGAAGGCUGGACAGAGAAACGCAGAGCCGAGUGGUUCUCACAAUCCUGGCCAAGAAUUCGGGCAGCAUCAGAGGAAAUGACACUGACGAGGCGCAGGUGGUGGUUUCCAUCCAGGAUGGAAACGACCCUCCGGAGUUUGUCAGAAACGACUACGAAGUUCGCAUCGCCGAAGACGCGCCCACCGGAACCAGUGUCCUGGGGGUCACGGCCGUUGACAAAGACGUGCGGCCGCAGAACAACCAGUUCAGCUACUCCAUCAUUGGCGGCAACACCGGACAGGCCUUCAAGGUCGACCCGCACUCGGGCAUCAUCGAAACCUCCGCGCAGCUGGACAGGGAGCGCAACCCCGAGUACUCCCUGGUGGUGGGCGCCAUCGACACCGGCUCGCCACCCCAAACGGGCACCACCAUGGUCAGAAUCAUGCUGGACGACAUCAACGACAACGGGCCCAUGCUGGAGCCGCCGGACGCCGUCGGCUACAUCAUGGAGAACGAACCCGCAGGCACCAGCGUGAUGACCUUGGCGGCCACGGACGCCGACCUCUCGCCGAACGGGGCGCCCUUCAAGUACCGUCUGGUGGGCGGCGAACACCGCGACGUUCUCGCUGUGGACACCAACACGGGCCUCGUCAAAACCACCAAAAGCAUCGACCGCGAGAGCACUCCUGAGCUGCACUUCAUCGUGGAGGUGUCGGACAGCGGAAAGCCACCAAUGAGGGCGCAGCACCACGUCACGGCCGUGGUGCUCGACAAGAACGACAGUCCGUCGACGCCCAGGACGGUGCACGUGCUGGUGCACGCCUUCAACAACCAGUAUCCGAGCGGAAAGGUGGCCGACGUGCGACCCAACGAUCCGGACACCACCGGACAGUACUCCUGCAGGCUGGUGGGAACGCACAGGGGAGGUUCCGUUUUGCCAGGCGGUUGCGAUCUGAUGGUGAACAAGCCCCAAGGAAGCGGCGCCCUGGCGCUGAGCGUGUCCGGCAAUGACGGCAAACACCCUGACGUGGUCAGCACCGUCACCGUCGAGUUCAUCGCCUUCGACAACACCAGCGUGGAGAACAGCCUGACCAUGCGUCUGGAGAACACGACCGCCUCGCGCUUCCUCGGCCUCCACUACAGGCCCAUCCUGGACGCCCUCAAGGACAGGGGCGACGUCCCGUUGCUCUUCGGCCUGCACGAGGCGGACAAGGGCCUGGAAAUCCAGCUGGCCAUCAAGACGGCGGCCAACAAGUACCGGUCGCCCAGUCUGGUGUCCGAGACGCUGAGCAGGAAGCGGGACGUGCUGCAGCAGAUCCUGCAAGCGCCUUCGAUGGCCGUCAACUACUCGCCCUGCCACAAUUCCGUCUGCGAAAACGGAGGAAUUUGCUCUGCUUCGGUCAAGGUUGGCCCCGAGAAUCAGAUCACGGACAGUCCUAGUUUGAUCUUCACCGCACCAAAGGUGACGCACGAUUUUGUGUGCCGGUGCAGAGAAGGCUUCACCGGGAAGCGAUGCGAGCGGCGCCAGGACCCGUGCGCGCCCAACCCCUGCCAGUCAGGAGGCACCUGCCGUCGCUCGUCGCCACCGUCCACCUCGGAAUUCCAGUGCGUGUGUCCGCCGCUGCACGAAGGCCGCCUCUGCGAACUGGAGAGGAGCAACGUGUGCGCGGGCAGCCCGUGCAGGAACGGCGGCUCGUGCCGCGAGAGCCCGGACGGCGCCUCCUUCUUCUGCCUGUGCCGACCCGGCUACAUGGGCAACCAGUGCGAGUUGGUGUCCGACUCGUGCCGCUCCAACCCGUGCAUGAACGGCGGGCAGUGCGUGGCCCUGAAGCCAGGCUACAAGUGCCAGUGCCCGGACACGCACCACGGCCAGCACUGCGAGCGCUCCUCGUUCGGCUUCAACGGCCUCUCCUUCAUGGCCUUCCAGGCGCUCGACGCGGCCACCAACGACAUCACCAUCGUCUUCGCCACCCUCAAGCGCGAGGCCCUCCUCGUCUACAACUUCGGCGCCCAGACCGGCGGCCGAUCCGACUUCGUCGCCCUCCAGAUCGUCAACGGAAAGGUCAAGUUUUCGUACGGCGGGGCCAGGACGGCCGUGACCACCAUCACGACCGGCGGAAUUGUCUCGGACGGAAACUGGCACAAGGUGACGGCCACCAGGAAUGGCAGGGUCGUGUCCCUGGCCGUGGCCACCUGCACCGAGCACGGCGACAGCUGCCACGAGUGCAAACCUGGAGACUCGACUUGCUACUCUGAUGACGUUGGACCCGCUGGAACGCUAAAUUUCAACGGUCAACCGAUGCUUCUGGGCGGUCUGGCGAGCGCGGAGCCGCUUUUGGAACGGCCAGGCCAGUUGCAGGCGGACGAUUUCGUGGGCUGCGUGCACAGCGUGGCCGUCAACGGCCGCCCCCUGAACCUGAGCAACCCCCUGAGCUCCCGCGGCGUCGACAGCACGUGUUCCCGGUCGCGGGGCUCGUGCGGGGCGCCGGACCCGUGCGGCGGCCUGGGCGUGUGCCUGGCCCGCUGGCCCAGCCCCGCCAUGUGCCGCUGCCCCGGGGGCCUUUUGGCCCCCAACUGCGACGCCGCCCUGUCGCCCGUGCACCUCGAGGAGGGCGCCUUCCUCGAGGCCAGGGUCUCGGAACAACACCGGCGGAUGCACCUGCUCGAGGCCCUUUACCAGGGCGCGACGACCUGGAGGUGGCAGGAGCAAAUUCCCACCUCCGCGGGCAUCAAGAGGGUGGCCCUGUCCUUCAGGACGAUGCAGAAGAACGGACUCCUGCUCGUUUCCACCACCAACAACGACUUCACGCUCAUUGAGAUUCGCGGAGGCCACUUGCGAUAUAUGUCUCGGGUCGGUGCCGGCACGGCUGUAAACAUGACUGUCGACAGUGCUGAGGUCAGUGAUGGAAACUGGCACCGAGUCUCGUUGCACUCUCAGGGACGUGGCCUGCGGCUUCUCUUGGACGGCGUCCGCGUCGGAGACGAGCUGGACAGUGCGGGCGUGCACGACUUCCUCGACCCCUACCUCACUACCAUCGCCAUUGGCGGCGCAAGGACUUUUGAAGCAGUGCCAAGUUUUGGCGGUUGUCUUGCCAACUUCACCAUCAACGACGAAAUCCAGCCUUUGAACGGCUCCGGCAGCAUUUUCGGAGACAUCGAGGCCUUCGGCAAAGUGAACGCCGGCUGCUCAGGCCCCGUGGUGGGGGCGGCGGCGGCACCGACGCCCCUCAGCAUCGGCGUCACCCUCGUCAUCGUGUUCUUUGUGAUCCUAAUCGUGGCCAUCCUGGUCAGUUUCGCCGUUUUCCGUCUGCGAAGGCAGAACAAGGAGAACCCGAAGCAGAACGGCGGCGGCCUGCUCGGAGGCGGCGGGGGCGGCAACACCAACCUGGGGGUGGUGGGGCCCGGCGUGAGCGGCGACACGUCCUUCCUGGACGGCGACGUGUCCACGGAGGCGCUGCGCAGCCACCUGGCGCAGGAAUUGGUGGCCAAAAAGUACAAGGAGCGCGAAGUGGCCGAUCGGCCGCACCCGCGGCCCGACAUCAUCGAGAGGGAGGUUUCCAAGUCGCCGCGGCCGCACAUGGACGACGCGCCCGACCCGGGCUCCAACGACCCCGAGAUGCCCGAGCACUACGACCUGGAGAACGCGAGCUCGAUCGCGCCCUCGGACAUUGACGUCGUCUACCACUACAAGGGCUACCGGGACGGCAACGUCCGCAAGUACAAAACCAACCCGCACCUGCCGCCGGCCAGUUUCCACCACAAGCACGGCCACCGGCACUCGCCGCACAGCUUCGCGCCGCCCCCGAGCGGCUCCUCGCCCGCCCCGCCGCCCCCGCACCGGGACAGCCCCCGGGGCGGGAACCACCUGCUGCGGCAAAGCCCCAUCAGCCCGGUGGCGCGCGACUCGCCCAGCGCCAUCAAGAUGCAGAGCACGCCGCUGGCGAGGCUCAGCCCCAGCUCGGAGCUGUCCCAGCAGACGCCGCGCAUCCUCACCCUGCACGACAUCAGCGGCAAACCCCUGCAGAGCGCCCUGCUCGCCACCGCGCAGAGCGCCAAGGACGUGCUCAGCAACAGCGAGCGCAGCCUCAACUCGCACAGCUCGGGCUCGCUGCACGCGUCGUCGCAGGGCACCAAGAAGCGGGUCAACGAGCCCGGUGGCAAGGGCCUCACCGCCGAAGAGAUCGAAAGACUUAACUCGCGUCCGCGCACCUCCAGUCUGGUCAGCACCCUGGACGCCGUGUCCAGCUCGAGCGAGGCGCCGCGACGGCCGCGCCUCCCCGUGCGGCGCACGCCCGACCAGCUGGCCGGCCUCCUGGAGGCGGCGGCCGCCGCCGCCGCCGCCAACGACGCGCACGACAACAGCUCGACCACCGACGAGAGCGGCAACGACUCGUUCACGUGCUCCGAGUUCGAGUUCGACAACGCCGGCGCCGGCUUCGAGAAGCGCGACGUCAUGUUCUCGAAGCUGGCCGAGGAGGACGAGGAGUCGGCGCGCACGCCCGACCCGACGGCGCCGCCCUCGGCCGCCAACAACAAGCCCUUCGACGCCGGCUUCGACUCGUUCCGCGGCUCCCUCAGCACCCUGGUGCCCUCGGACGACGAGCUCGGCCCCCCCUACCGCCCCACCCUCGGCUGGGACUACCUCCUCAACUGGGGGCCCAACUUCGAGAGCCUCGUCGGCGUCUUCAAGGACAUCGCCGAACUGCCCGACGGCACCGUCGGCGGACGCUCGGCCGCCCUCAGACUGCCCGUCUCGUCGCCCAAACCGUCCGAGGAAUACGUGUAAAUUUCUGUUGCUUUUUUUUUAUAUAAAUAAAUGAAAAUCAAGGACCCGCGCAGUGAAGUGUGGGACAGACUGAACAAGAUAUUUAUGAGAAAGAAAGAAAGAAUCCGCGAAUGUUGUUCUACCCGUGCCAAACGUGUCAUUUUGUACGUUUUUUUUUAUACAUAUUAAAACUUGAAGAAGCUCACUGUGUGUACAACUGAUGAAAAAAUGAGAGACUACCUGACCGAGCGUUUGUAGAAUAAACAAAAAUAAAAGAAAAAUCAAUUA